GGGCGCUUGGCGCCAUGAGAGGCUUGGGGCCCGGACUGUCAGCGCAGAGGCUCCUGCGGCUCCGACCCCGGCUUCCCACUCGGCCCAGGCCACGACGGCUUGGGGGCCCCGGGGCUACCCUGGAGAGGGCAAUGGAUGAACUUCUGGGCCGCACUGUGCCUCAGGCCCCGGCCUAUGAACUCCGAGAAAAGACACCCGCCCCAGCCGAGGCUCAGUGCGCUGACUUUAUGCGUUUCUACGGUGGCCUGGAGGGCGCGAGCCAGCGGGCCGAGCUGCUGAGCCGCCUGGCUCGGGGCUUCGGCGUAGACCACGGACAGGUGGCGGAGCAGAGCGCGGGCGUUCUGCGCCUAGGGGCGGCGGUGGGGGGCGCGGCCUCGGGAGCCCCAUUCGGGCCGGGGCCAGGUGUCUCCUCGCUGCCUGCGCCUACCCCGCGAGAGCCUGGCGCCCUCCUCCAUGCGGAGGACCGGCUUCGCUAUGCGCUUGUACCGCGCUACCGCGGUCUCUUCCAGCACAUCAGCAAGCUGGAGGGCGGAGUGCGCUUCCUGGUCCAGCUGCGCGCAGAUCUGCUCGAGGCACAAGCCCUGAAGAUAGCCGAAGGGCCUCACGUCCGGGAAAUGAAUGGAGUGCUGAAGAACAUGCUCUCAGAUUGGUUUUCUACAGGAUUUUUAAACUUGGAACGUGUUACCUGGCACUCACCUUGUGAAGUGCUACAAAAAAUCAGUGAGUGUGAGGCUGUACAUCCUGUCAAAAAUUGGAUGGACAUGAAGCGACGUGUUAGUUCAUACCGAAGAUGCUAUUUUUUUUCUCACUGUUCAACACCUGGGGAACCACUGAUUGUUUUGCAUGUAGCAUUGACCAAUGAGAUUUCCAACAAUAUCCAGACAAUAGUGAAAGAGUUUUGUCCUCCGGAAACAGAAGACAAAAACAAAAUUGUCACUGCGAUUUUCUAUUCUAUCAGUUUGACUCAGCAAGGUCUACAAGGUGUCGAAUUGGGAAGUUUCCUUAUAAAACGAGUUGUUAAGGAGUUGCAGAGGGAAUUUCCUCACCUUGAAACUUUUUCAAGUCUUUCACCCAUACCUGGAUUCACCAAAUGGCUUCUUGGAACACUGAGCUCUCAAACUAAAGACCUUGGGAGGAAUGAACUCUUUACAGAUUCUGAAUGUAACGAAAUCUCAGAUAUCAUAGGUGGCCCCAUUAGUGAAACUCUGAAGAUACUUUUAACUAGCAAUGAGUGGGUUAAAUCUGAAAAACUGGUCAAGGUGUUACAAUCCCCUUUGAUGAGACUCUGUGCUUGGUAUUUAUAUGGAGAAAAGCAUCGUGGUUAUGCCCUCAACCCUGUGGCAAACUUUCAUCUGCAGAAUGGGGCUGUGAUGUGGCGGAUCAAUUGGUUGGCAGAUUUGAGUCUCAAAGGCACUACUUCAUCCUGCGGGAUGAUGGUCAAUUAUCGAUAUUUCUUAGAAGAAACUGGUAUCAACAGUGCUGCAUACUUGGGAGCCAAGAAUAUCAAAGCUUCUGAACAGGUUCUAAAUUUAGUUUCUCAGUUUCAGAAACUUAGCAAGCUUUAAACAGACACUUCUUGAAUUGAAGGUCUUUUUUUUUUUUUUUCAAAUCAGGAAGUAAUUGUGAGGUUUUAUGUCUCAAAGAAAUCCUUUGUAAUGAAACAAAUUGAACUGUGUACUCUUCUGAACAAUGGAUUUAUAAUGACAGAUUUUGUGUCCUAAUUUACAGUAAUUUUAUUUCAUUGUACUAGCAAAUGAAUGCUAUUUGCAGUCUAGCUGUCAGUGUGAUAAAUAUACAGAUAAACUACACACAAGCUUACAGAAGAAAGAAAGAAGUUUGGCUUACCUUCAUAUUUAACCAAAGAAAUUACUAGUAAUAGCCUUCACCCCUUUAUUCAUUCUCAAUAUCAGUGCCCUUCCCUGAACAUCAUCUUAAAAAGGAUGUGAAAGUUUUCAACAUACAAUUUUCAAGUUUGGAUGAAUAAGUACCAUGAUAACCCCAAAAAGAGGUCUGGAUGAUGAUACCUUUUUUAUUUCCAAUGUAUAAAUGAAUUUACAUCAUGUAGAAUUAUAUUCACUAUUGGGGGGGUGGGAACCUUACAAGUGAACCCUUUUAUUUAACGUCAUUCUUUUCCACUCAGUUGAAGUAUUAGCACCAGUUUAAGGAUUGGAUACAAAAAUAUUCACCAUUUUACUAGUUGAAUUUUGAAGAACACACAAUUGUGAAAUGGGGGCGUUUUUUAACUUGUCUGCAAAAAAUGGAAAUAUUUAAUUACAGUAAAUUCAAUCAUUACAGUGAAAAAAUGAACAGAAUUGCUAAUGGGGAAUAAAUCGAUCAUUUUAAAGGCUAUAUUGAAAAACUUUGAGAGAUUUUGUAAGAGGGUGUGUGAACUCAUAAUGAGCCCAUUAGUAAAUAACAAGUUUGUUCUGUAAAAGUAUUAAAUAUUGAAAACAUA